GAGGGGGGGACGCUUUAGUCAGCUGUACCAAGUCACCGCCGCUUGAGUCACGUUGUAAUUGGCUCUUUUUGCGCUGGAGAAUCAUCAAAUUGAUGUCCAAACGAAGGAGGACAUAAACAAAACAAAGAAAAUAAAAUGGAACCGGCGAGCAAGCGGCGGAAAAGCGAGGCGUCCGACUCCUGGACGGCGUACCCCGUCCUGUCGGACGAGCAGACUUAUGCCGUAGAGAUGAUUGACUUCUUUGCCGCGCCCGUCCUCGACAAGCGAGCGACGUCCCGAUUGGUCGGAGAACUCAACGACCGCUACCCCUUGAGGGGUCUCCAGCACCUCAAGAGGGUUCGGCCCGCCGCGGCCCGGGAUGGCCGCCCUCCCUCACUGGAAAUCCUCCUGUGUCCCGUCAGUAAAGUUCCAGACUUGGACUUGUUGUGCGUCGGAUGUGACGGGCUGGGCGAACCCUUUGUGGUCAAGGUCCCCGUCCGCCCUCCUUUGACCAGACCCCAAUUUGAGCUAGCAAGCAAGCACUGGCCCACCGCCUUCAAGGAAGACAAACAGGUGACCGAGGCCCUCCGAGGAGAGUCCUUCGGCCCGGCUCAGAAGGCCCAAAUGCACGCUUACAUGUCGGUGGCUUUGGCCGCCGCCCGAGAAGGGAAAGCCUUGGGGAUGGAGGCCGUGGGGGCCGCGGUGGUAGACCCGCUCAAUGAGAGAAUAGUGGCAGUGGGCCACGAUUGUCGAGGGCGACGGCCUCUGCAUCACGCCGUCAUGGUGUGCAUCGACUUGGUGGGCCGAGGGCAAGGCGGCGGUCGCCACCGGUGGGACUCCUACCCCGCUUGCCGCUCUACACCCGCCUCGGACUCGGCCGAGCAGCCGUACAUCUGCACCGGCUACGACCUGUACGUGACCAGAGAGCCCUGCGUCAUGUGUGCCAUGGCGCUGGUCCACUCGCGGAUCGCUCGCGUCUUCUACGGGGCGGCCUUUGCUGACGGAGCGCUGGGGACUAAGUUCAAACUCCAUGCGCUGAAAGACCUGAACCAUCGCUUUGACGUUUACAAAGGAGUCAUGGGACAAGAGUGCGAGGAGCUGGAGGGAUUGUCUCUUUGAAAUGUAUAUUUUUGGACUUUUAUACAAUGUGUAGUUUUGAAAUAGUUCGACAAAGAAAAUGGGCCACGCCCGGAACAAUU